GUGUCCCCUGACCCCUUCACUUUCCCCAUUUUCAAACCCCUCCUCCAAAAUUUCCCCCACAUUUCCCAUCCCAAAUCUUCUCAUUUCAACUUUAUAUAAAUCUAGGGUUUAUCUAUACCCUUCCCUAGAUUCCAGGUGCAUAUAUAUAUACACAGCUCGCAAUUUUACGUAUAAUUAUCCACACAGCUCCUCUGAUUUUCCUGCGAGAUCUCCGAUUCGGAGAUGUCUCGAGCUGAGGAGUUGUGGGAGCGGUUGGUGCGUGCAGCACUACGGAGACAAAGGAGUGGUGCAGAUGCAUAUGGUCGGGUGGAUGGUGGCAUUGCUGCAAAUGUCCCAUCAUCUCUUGCAAAUAACAGGGACAUAGAUGACAUUUUAAGAGCUGCCGAUGAGAUUCAAGAUCAAGAUCCUAAUGUUGCAAGAAUCUUGUGUGAGCAUGCAUACUCACUGGCACAAAAUCUGGAUCCAAACAGCGAGGGAAGAGGUGUAUUACAAUUUAAAACUGGCCUGAUGUCUGUGAUCAAGCAAAAACUGGCAAAAAGGGAAGGUGGAACUAUUGAUAGAAGCCAGGAUAUUGCUCGCUUGCAAGAGUUCUAUAAACAAUACCGAGAGAAAAAUAAUGUGGACAAGCUGCGGGGAGAAAUGCAGCUGAGGGACACUGGUGUUUUCAGUGGUAAACUUGGAGAGUUGGAGCGUAAAACUGUGAAAAGGAAAAGGGUUUUUGCAACUCUUAAAGUUUUAGGGAAUGUUUUAGCGCAGCUUACAAAGGAAGUCUCUCCUGAAGAAGCAGAAAGAUUGAUUCCAGAAGAGCUGAAACGUGUUAUAGAAUCAGAUGCAGCUAUGACAGAGGAUCUUGUUGCAUACAACAUUAUCCCGUUGGAUGCUCCUGCUAGAACAAAUGCUAUUGGGUUUUUCCCUGAGGUCCGAGCUGCAUCUUCUGCAAUAAAGUACUUCAGGGGUCUACCAAAGUUGCCAGCAGAUUUUUCUAUACCCACAAGGAGUGCAGACAUGUUUGAUUUUCUGGCAUUACCAUUUGGAUUUCAGAAAGAUAAUGUUUCUAGUCAACGUGAACAUGUUGUUCAUCUCCUAGCUAAUGAGCAAAGUCGGCUUCGAAUUCUUGAAGAACCUGAGCCGAUUUUGGAUGAAGCUGCAGUUCAAAAUGUGUUUAUGAAGUCACUUGAGAACUACAUUAACUGGAGCAGAUAUCUUGCCAUCCUUCCUGUAUGGAACAAUUCGGAAGAUGUGAGCAAGGAGAAAAAGUUAUUGUUCAUUUCGUUAUAUUUUCUAAUAUGGGGUGAAGCCUCCAACGUUCGCUUUCUUCCGGAAUGCCUAUGCUACAUCUUUCAUCAUAUGGGACGGGAAUUGGAAGAAAUACUGCGCCAGCAGGUUUUACAGCGUGCAAAUAGUUGUGUUUUGGAGAAUGGCGUGUCAUUUCUUGAUCUAAUUCGUCCUCUGUAUGAUGUGGUUGCUGCGGAAGCUGCUAACAAUGACAAUGGGCGAGCAGCACAUUCAGCCUGGAGAAACUAUGAUGAUUUUAAUGAAUACUUUUGGUCUCUCCGUUGUUUUGAGCUUAGCUGGCCCUGGCGCACGAGUGCUUCAUUCUUUGAACCUACACCUAGGUCAAUGAAUGUUUUAAAAUCUGGAGGAAAACAUCGAGGAAAAACUUCUUUUGUGGAGCACAGGACAUUUCUUCAUCUUUAUCACAGUUUUCACCGCCUGUGGAUAUUUCUUAUUAUGAUGUUUCAGGGACUUGCUGUUAUUGGCUUCAAUGAUGGGCAAUUUGACUCCAAGACGAUACGCGAACUUCUUAGUCUUGGACCAACAUAUGUUGUGAUGAAGUUUAUUCAGAGUGUCUUGGACAUUCUAAUGAUGUAUGGUGCUUAUUCUACAUCAAGGCGUGUAGCUGUUAGCCGAAUUUUUCUCCGUUUUAUCUGCUUUAGUUUAGCUUCCGUGUUCAUAUGUUUUCUCUAUGUGAAAGCUCUUCAGGAGGAGAAUAAACCCAAUUCUGAGUCAAUUCUUUUCAAAAUUUAUGUUGUUAUCCUAGCUAUUUAUGCCGGACUUCAUGUUUCUCUCAGUAUUGUUAUGAGAAUACCUGCCUGUCAUCAUUUGGGCAGCUUAUUUGACAAUUGGCCUCUAGUACGUUUCAUUAAAUGGAUGCAUCAGGAACAUUACUAUGUUGGUCGGGGAAUGUAUGAGAGGACAUCAGACUUUCUCAAGUACAUGAUUUUCUGGCUGCUUGUCCUGGGGUGCAAAUUUUCCUUUGCCUAUUUCAUACAGAUUAAGCCCUUGGUUAAGCCGACAAGGCAAGUAAUAGAUAUGGAGAUAACGAACUAUUCAUGGCAUGAUUUUGUAUCCAAACAUAAUCAUAAUGCUCUGACAGUUGCAAGCUUGUGGGCACCAGUGUUUGCUAUGUACCUCUUGGAUAUCUACAUAUUUUACACAGUUAUAUCAGCUGUGUUGGGAUUCUUACUUGGUGCAAGAGAUCGUCUUGGAGAGAUUAGAUCUUUGGAUGCCGUUCAUAAACUUUUCGAGGGGUUCCCUGAGGCCUUUAUGGAUACUCUUCAUGUACCUCUUCCUAACAGGGCCUCUCUCCGGUCAUCUGGUCAGGCUCUGGAGAAAAAUAAAGAGGAUGCUGCUCAUUUUGCUCCCUUUUGGAAUGAAAUUAUAAAGAAUCUGAGAGAGGAAGAUUACAUUACAAAUUUGGAGAUGGAGUUGCUUCAAAUGCCUCAAACAUCUGGGAAUAUUCCAUUGGUUCAAUGGCCGCUAUUCCUCCUGGCCAGCAAGGUAUUUCUUGCCAAAGAUAUUGCUAUUGAAAGUCGGGAUUCUCAUGAGGAGUUGUGGGAUAGGAUCUCAAGGGAUGAUUACAUGAAAUAUGCAGUUCAAGAGUGCUAUUAUACCAUCGAGGUCAUACUUACAGCAAUAUUGGAUGAUGAAGGAAAUGAUGAAGGAAGGAAAUGGGUUGAAAGGAUUUAUGAAGAUAUUCGAGGAAGCAUUGCCAUCAAAAAUAUUCACAAUGACUUCCAACUGGAAAAGUUGGCACUAGUCAUUCAGAAAGUUACUGCUCUAAUGGGAGUAUUGAGAGAGGAUCAUACACCAGAAUUGGAAAGUGGAGCUAUCAAAGCUGUCCAAGAUCUUUAUGAUGUUAUGCAUUAUGAUGUCCUUAACAUUAACAUGAGAGACAACUAUGAGACGUGGAAUGUUUUGUCAAGAGCAAGGAAUCAGGGUCGCCUCUUUCAAAAAUUGAAGUGGCCUCGCGAUGUUAAGUUGAGAUUGCAAAUCCGAAGAUUAUAUUCCCUUCUCACUAUCAAAGAUUCAGCUGCAAAUAUUCCAGAAAACCUCGAGGCUAGACGCCGGUUGCAGUUCUUUACAAAUUCGCUUUUCAUGGAGAUGCCAGUAGCCAAGCCUGUCCGUGAAAUGUUAUCCUUCAGCGUGUUCACACCUUAUUACUCGGAGAUUGUGCUUUACAGCAUGUCUGACCUCCUUAAGAAGAAUGAAGAUGGGAUUUCCACUUUGUUUUACCUUCAGAAGAUAUAUCCAGAUGAAUGGAAAAACUUUCUUGCUCGGAUUGGCCGUGAUGAAAAUGCUUCUGAGUCAGAACUUAAUGAUAAUACAAAUGACAUCCUUGAACUUCGUUUUUGGGCUUCUUACCGAGGACAAACAUUGGCUAGAACUGUACGGGGGAUGAUGUACUACAGAAAGGCUCUCAUGCUUCAAGCCUAUUUGGAAAGAAUGAUGGCUGGAGAUUUGGAAUCUGCAAUCUCCAAAUAUGAAGUUAUGGAUAUUCAAGGCUUUGAGUUGUCUCCCGAAGCAAGAGCUCAGGCAGAUUUGAAGUUCACAUAUGUAGUUACAUGUCAAAUAUACGGAAAGCAGAAAGAAGAGCGAAAGCCUGAGGCUGCUGAUAUUGCAUUAUUAAUGCAAAGAAAUGAAGCUCUUCGAGUUGCCUUCAUUGAUGUGGUCGAGACCCUGAAGGAUGGUAAAGUGCAUACCGAAUAUUACUCAAAACUUGUAAAGGCUGAUAUCAACGGGAAGGAUCAGGAAAUCUAUUCUGUAAAAUUGCCAGGGAAUCCAAAACUUGGUGAAGGGAAGCCUGAAAAUCAAAAUCAUGCAGUUAUAUUCACACGUGGAAAUGCAAUGCAGACGAUUGACAUGAAUCAGGAUAAUUAUUUCGAGGAAGCUUUGAAAAUGAGAAAUCUUUUAGAAGAAUUCCAUCGUGAUCAUGGGAUUCAUGCUCCUACUAUUCUUGGUGUUAGGGAGCAUGUAUUUACGGGAAGUGUCUCUUCUUUGGCGUCAUUCAUGUCCAACCAAGAAACUAGCUUUGUGACACUUGGUCAGCGUGUUCUGGCCAAGCCCUUGAAGGUUCGAAUGCACUAUGGCCAUCCAGAUGUCUUUGAUAGAGUUUUCCAUAUAACUCGAGGUGGUAUCAGCAAGGCGUCUCGUGUAAUUAACAUCAGUGAAGACAUAUAUGCGGGAUUCAAUUCAACCUUGCGUCAAGGAAAUAUUACCCACCAUGAGUACAUUCAGGUUGGCAAAGGAAGAGAUGUUGGGCUCAAUCAGAUUGCUUUAUUUGAAGGCAAGGUAGCUGGUGGUAAUGGUGAACAAGUUCUUAGCAGGGAUGUCUACAGACUUGGGCAGCUCUUUGAUUUCUUCAGAAUGAUAUCGUUCUUUUUCACCACUGUGGGCUAUUACUUUUGUACCAUGCUGACAGUGUUGACUGUGUACAUUUUUCUGUAUGGGAGAGCAUACUUGGCUCUUUCCGGCGUUGGUGAAACCAUUCAAAUUAGAGCCAGGAUAUUAAACAACACAGCUUUGAGUGCUGCCCUCAAUGCUCAGUUUUUGUUUCAGAUUGGUGUUUUUACUGCUGUGCCAAUGGUUUUGGGCUUCAUCUUGGAACAGGGUUUCUUAAGGGCCCUUGUGAGUUUUGUCACUAUGCAAUUUCAGCUUUGUACAGUCUUUUUCACAUUUUCAUUGGGCACAAGAACCCACUACUUUGGCCGCACUAUUCUCCAUGGUGGUGCUAGAUAUCAAGCAACUGGGAGAGGAUUCGUUGUUCGGCACAUCAAAUUCUCAGAAAAUUACAGGCUAUACUCCCGUAGUCAUUUUGUCAAAGGAAUGGAGGUGGUGCUUUUGUUGGUGAUAUAUCUUGCAUAUGGAUAUAAUGAAGGAGGUGCAAUAGGAUAUAUUCUUCUUACUGUUAGCAGCUGGUUUUUGGCUAUUUCUUGGCUUUUUGCUCCAUAUUUAUUCAAUCCAUCAGGAUUCGAGUGGCAGAAAACAGUAGAAGACUUUCGAGAUUGGACAAACUGGCUUCUUUACAGAGGUGGAAUUGGGGUUAAAGGGGAAGAGAGUUGGGAGGCUUGGUGGGAUGAGGAGCUGGCUCAUAUCCGAACCUAGGGGAGGCUACUGGAGUCAAUUCUUAGUUUGCGCUUCUUCAUGUUCCAAUUUGGCAUUGUUUACAAGUUGCACAUACAAGGAUCAAAUACAUCAUUGACGGUAUAUGGGUUUUCGUGGGCUGUGUUUGCAUUGCUGAUAAUUCUUUUCAAGGUAUUCACCUUCAGUCAGAAGAUAUCAGUUAAUUUCCAGCUGGUGCUGCGCUUUAUCCAGGGUGUCUCCUUUUUACUUGCAUUGGCUGGUUUAGCUGCUGCAGUUGUGUUUACCAAACUGUCUGUUUCGGAUAUAUUUGCUUGCAUUUUAGCUUUUCUGCCCACUGGCUGGGGAAUUCUUUGUAUUGCUGUAGCAUGGAAGCCUGUGGUGAAGAAGAUGGGACUGUGGAAGUCUGUUCGUUCAAUUGGCCGUUUAUAUGAUGCUGGGAUGGGGAUGCUGAUUUUCAUUCCUAUCGCCCUAUUUUCAUGGUUCCCGUUCAUUUCAACAUUUCAAACCCGACUUAUGUUCAACCAAGCCUUCAGUCGAGGGUUGGAAAUCUCUCUUAUCCUUGCUGGAAACAAUCCAAACUCAGGCCUGUGAUGGUGUUCUCGUGCUGUCUGACAUUGGAGCAUAGUCAUGUACAUCGAAGACGACUGCUGUGGGCAUUUUCUAUUCCCCAAAAUUCUGUAGGUACUUUUUUGUUUUUUUCUGGCUUUUAGCAGGAGCUUUCCUAUUUAGUGAAAUCCAUUGUAAAUUUAUGCAGUGAACUUUUGCCAAAUGAGAUCCAAUUCAGCUGCAUUUUCUGUAUGGUAGCCGUCUAAAUCAUUACGUCUUACUUUUCUUCGGCUACCUCAGGCAUCUAAUUGCUCCCAUUACUAUGUAACUGACUGCGCAGGUCUACCGACUCUUCAAAUCUAACCAUUGCAACUUCACUUCUCGAA